CACGACUCGCUCGCUCGCUACUGUUCAUAACCGCCCGGCCAUGAUAUGGUGUUAGCCAGAUGACACCCAGUUAAAUUACUGAUUAAUUGUCAUUCCUUAUAAGUCAUCUAGUAACGCGGAAAUAUGCCAAUCUGCAUCGAAUGCAGACAUCCUGUCAAGACGCUCUGGACUGCGUAUUCUGGCGCAGGAGACAAGGCCAGCGGACACAAUAUCCGACUCACUGUGUGCCGCAACUGUGGCCGCUUCUGCGACAAGUAUGUCGAACAUGACUUUGUUGUUCUUUUUAUCGACUUAGUCCUGAUCAAACCUCAGGUCUAUCGACAUUUGCUAUACAAUACCUUGAUGCGAGAUGAUGAUCGCUUAGAUCCUUCUGUUAUCCGUCUAGGCACUCUCCUACUUCUCUUUGAUGUAUACUUGACAUGGGCACGAUUGGAGAAGCAGAUGGUGCCUGAUGCCAUCCCAGGCGCAAGCAACUUGGGUAAACUUUCGCAACAACCCAUUGUAUUUCAAUACCUCUUCUUCCUCAUCUUUUGCGCGCUCUCGACAGCAGCCUUCCAUGUGAGCAUACGCUUCCUCACAUCGUCCGCUUUCUCUCCCCUCAACCUUCUUGGCAUCCUUCCUCAGUACACAAGGCCCAAUUCGGUGUCUACAGCUCUCCUGGUAUCAUCCUCCACGAAGCUUUUCCCGAUCCUGAUGGUAAUCUGGGAUUAUGACGUUCCCGCCUCAGCUCGAUCACUUGGCUGGGCCGUCGUGGCCAACAAUGUGGAGGCGCUACGCAUUCUUCUUGAUUGCAACUAUGUCACAGCAUGUUUACUCGCUAUCGCAGGGGCAGCUUCACGCUGGGUGGUCGGCCGGGCUGUUUUGCUCGCUGCUGGCCUUGCCGACGUUGACUCAAUAGGUGAAAGUGGCGUGGCAGCAGACGGCAAAGCUCUAUGGGCGUUGUUGAUAUAUGCGAAGGAAUGGGCAGGCCGUCUUGCUGUCGGGUAAUUUAUCACUGAAGCCAAGUAAUCAUACGGCAUUUGUCCAAAGCAAAAUGAUGGUCUGCAAAGUGCGUCCUUGGCUUGGUAUAACAGGCGUUCCAACUCCAUAUGUAAUAAAAAACAAUACCAGUUCAAGUGUCAAAAGUCCAA